AUGAGACCCUCGACCCUGUCCACCCUCCUCUCCGGAGCCGCCAUCGCAACCGCGGCCGCAACCACCAACGAGACCGCCGAGCCGACCAUCCCGAAUGUCGUCCCCUCCGUCUGGGACGGCAAAUGCUUCUAUCCCGCCCCGGACUCUGCCUUUGACCUUGAGUCCUAUCUUGGCCGCUGGUACCAGGUCGCCGGUACUAUCGCGCCCUUCACCGCCGGCUGCAAGUGCAUAUUUGCGCAGUACUCUUUGAACGAUAACGGCACCGUGCAGGUGAACAACACCUGUCAGGCCGGAGACCGCGCGGUCAACAUCCUGGGCACCGCCGCGCCCGCCGACCCCUCCUACGGAGCCAAGGGUGUUCUUCGUGUGCAGUUUCCCGGACAGCCCGGCCCCGACUGUGCGGGCCCGAACUACAUUGUUCAAGAUUAUACCCCCGACUUUGCCCUCGUCCAAUCCAACAACUUCACGACGCUGUUCGUCCUCAGUCGCCAGCAGAACCCCGAAGACGAGGUUCUCGAUGCAUGGAUCGCGCGUGCCGGCCAGCUGGGUUCCAACCUCGGCGACGUUGUAAAGACGGACCAAACCGGUUGCCUGUUCACAUGA